AUGAGGCUGAACCCGGCGAAGUGCGCCUUCGGUGUAUCUUCCGGUAAAUUUCUCGGGUUCAUGAUCAGUCAAAGGGGAAUCGAGGCCAAUCCCGAGAAAAUAAAAGCCAUAAUCGACAUGGAGACGCCGAAGACGCAGAAGGACAUUCAGAGCCUUACCGGACGUGUCGCUGCCCUGACACGCUUCAUCUCCAAGGCUACCGAUAAAUGCGUGCCGUUCUUCAAAGCUUUGAAAGGGGGCAAACAUCAUAUAACAUGGACUCCCGAAUGCGACCAAGCAUUUCAAAACUUGAAGAACUACAUGAGCCAGGCACCACUGUUAUCAAAACCGCUGCCAGGCGAGCAAGGCGCUCCAGAGCGCAGAGCUUCGGUACCCACCCUUGGAGCAGCUAGCACUGGCCCUGGUCGUCUCGGCGCGAAGACUUCGCCCUUACUUCCAGGCUCACGAAAUCACAGUUCUGACGAACCAGCCUCUUUGGCAGGUGCUCCAAAAGCCGGAAACAUCUGGGCGAUUGGUCAAAUGGGCAAUCGAGUUGGGAGAAUUGACAUACAGUUCAAGCGAGGCCUGCAGAAAAAGGCCAAGCCGUUGCCGACUUCAUCUCCGAGCUCACACCUCCCUUGCGAUAUAUCGGAGCCAUCCGCAAGCGCCAUUCCUCUUGCACCAGAUAAAAGGAUACCGAACGUUUCGGACACUUUUUCCCUCUCGGAUUCCUGCAAUGUGGAUGGGCCGGGCAAACCAGCAAGGCUGUGGCGUCGGGUUGGUGUAACCACUCCGGCCAUAGGCAAAAUGAGUUAUGAGUUAUGUCAUGGAUGGCCCGAUUCAACUUCCGGGCCCUCCAAAACGAUUGGUGUCCCCAUGCCGCCUAUUGAGGCCCUCUAUAGUGGUGGCUUCGUGGUUACGCUUUUUUUUUUAAGGGCGCAUGAGCGCGACGCAGCAAUCUGGACAUUCUGCGACACAGUGCGUGUGUGUGUCCAGCUAAUGGGUCGACCAUAUGCCUACGGCAGACUUCGUAAGCAGAAGGCUGCUCAUCUGUAG